AUGCUGGUGAGUCAGACUAGACGGAUGAUUUCUUCACAGGACAGGUGGGGUUGUACUGGGGGCAAGAGACUUGCAUGGGAGCCUGAAGCCGCGCGUGCUGUGCUGCUCAUUGAUGGGACGUGCCAUGCCUCCCACGCUGGUGAGUACCUCAGGAUAGGUGGUGUCCUAGGCGUCUCAAAAGUCGAGAUCAGGAUGGUGGUCCACCGCAUAGCCAGGGCGGACAGGGAUCAGAAGCUCUCUUUCUGCUGCGCGCAGUCAGAGGCAGCCCACCCCUACCUCGCUGCCGUUGGCCUCACCCCCUCUGACGUUCUCCUCUCUCCGGUGCAUGUUCAAGAGUUCUGGUACAGCGCCUCCUUCUCUGCUUCCCUCUGCUCUCCUGCGAGUGGCACGCGUCCUGCCGCUCCCCUACCCCCUCAUCGCCUCCCUCCUCCCUUUGAGGCUUCUUGUAUUGACUUUCCCCCGCCGUUCCUUGCCUUUCCCCUCCCCUCCUCCCCUUAUUCCACUGUCCCAUCAGCUCUGCUGCGAGUGGCCUGGGACCUGCCUCUUCCAUACCCUGUAAACUAUAAACCCUUGCGCCCCUCUCCUCCCCACCAUCUCUUCUAA